AUGGCAGAGCUUCAGAUACAUCUGACUGAACCCUGUCUAAUCUUACCCGGUGCCUCUCCCAAUGAGGCAGUUGCAGAGCCUCGAAAUGAUGUCGACAGCAUACGGACAUCGUCUGGUACUGGUACUGCUGGUUCAAAUCUGAUCAACCUGAUAAAACAGCGACCAAGAUUGAGCAGUUCCACCAGUCAGUUUUCUAAUCUGUGCCCUGCCGACGUGCCCGUUCAGCUUCCCGGGGAAGGCGAAGAAAGCUUUCCACCUAUGGUCGAGUUGAGCUCAGGAAAGACUUCAAUGAUCCGUGGCUUUGUGGUACUUCAUGUCUCACAGGCCAUCAAUCUCAGCCGGCUUUCAAUUAAAUUUUCGGGCAGCACUCACACCACCGGGCCAGAUUCCGCUGCCUUGGCUCCGUCCGGCAACAGCACAAUCCUUAUCGCCGAAGAAUAUACCAUCACGGAUGCAAGUCUGAUCUCAGCCGAAACAUAUCCCCGGGCUCCCCCUUACAAAUCGGAUUCCAGCGCUUCAUUGAACCCCAGCUCGAGUCGUGGUCACUCACUAUUUUCAGUUCACCUGAGCCAAACAGAAAACAAUGAACUGGAUUAUGGCCGAGGAACUGGGACCCCAAACCGUAUGGAUCAAGCUUUAUCCGGUACAUCUAUUAGCCAUUGCAAUGCAAAAAUAUCUGCCCUCACAUUUGAGAAUUCAGUACAGCCACUAGAACUGGAGCGCGGAAGGCGACCGCGCAGUGCCAGUAACCCGAGAAGCUCGUUAUUACUAAGCGCGAGCGUUUCGCACUAUUUUCAUCGUCGAAGUCGUAGCGCCAGCUCGUUGGACAAACGCACAACGAUUCCUUUAGAGGCAGAUACGCAGACAGGCAGUCCCACUGAGCGCAGUAGUUUCGUCAUGGUCAACAAAAUUCAAGAGCCUGAAGAUUUGUACCCAAUGUAUCAAGACUCAGUUUUUCACGACAUGUUGGCCAACCAGUACAACUUAUUGUCGGAGGAGGGCUUCAUCUCCAACGAGCAAUCGAAAUCGCCCUCUUAUGAAGCCCAUUAUCACGCCCCACUCUCACCAGAAGCCGUUGGAAAAGACUCUCCGGGGGCUGCUGAUUUGAGUAUCAAACCCCCGUCCAAGAAUAGGCUCCAAAGCAACGAGCGGAGUCGAAACUCAACGUCCUUCAAGAAUAGCAUCGCUCAAUUCAUGGGUGCUUUCAAAUUGAAGAGAUCCUCUUCGCUCUCCAACUCGCUCAAUCUCCGAAAGACUACUACUUCCAUCGCCUCCAGAAAAAGUGGCAUUCCCUCUGGCGAAUCUGCCCGACCUUGCCGACCGCAUUCGACCAUAGGUCAACCAUCAAAAGAGGUGUAUAAGUACAAUGGCGAUGCUAAGACUGGGUCAGAUUUGGCGCGCUCAAACUCAAAUUCAUUUGGAUUACAAAGAUUUGGAUGGGGUCGAUCGAGUUCCAGGAGGCGUAGCUCCCCAUCAAGCAAGGUCAACAACACCUUGAAGAAAGCGGAUCCUAAGAAAAACAAGAGCGAGGCCAAGGAAGCAUGCUCUUUUCCGAUUGCCGCUUCCGAUGAACAAACGAGCGCCAAAAGGGAUUCGUUCGUAAGCGAAGACCCCUUUGGAGUUUCUCACUCUUCGAGUAUCAUAAAUGUUCCCGAUUUACCGAAAGCGACUUUCUUGAAGCCCGGAGUUUAUAAGUAUCCUGUUGUCGUCCCAGUUCCCAACCAUCUCCCUCCCAGCAUGACUUGUAAACAUGGAUCUAUUUCUUACUCUUUGGAAGCACGACUGGCGUACCAAGACGUACAAGAUUCAACUUUGCUUGCCACUCAUCAGCAAAUCCCAAUCGAUCUGGUAGACCCAUUGGCCGGCAGUCCGAGUUUGAACCCUUCCUACCGAGCUCAACUUUCCGGAGAAGAAGAUGCGGUCAACGAAGUCUAUAGUAGCUAUAGUGGUGUCAACAUUGAACGAACAUGGGAGGACCAGCUUUACUAUCAAAUUCGAAUGGAUAGCAGGAAAUUCUUGGUCGGCGGAAAGAUUGGAUUCGAAAUCCAAUUCAAUCCUCUCUCGCGCAUGAAAAUUUACAAGUUCCAAGCGGACAUUGAAGAGAAGACCCAAUACUUUAUGGAUCACGAGAAACAGUACUUGAGGCAUUGCGAUAGCCAAUCUUUCAACCUCGUCAAACUAGAGCAAACUUCGCCGAUAGUCAUCAUCAAAAAAGAAGCCGAGGAUAAAUUUGCUGCUUCAAAAUUACGGGCGAGCGAUGUUCCAUUGCUGCCAAUAAUCUCAGCGGACGAUUUGUUUGUCAGCAAAUCGCCGCUGCUUCCGUACAUCCAAGCGAACCCGACGACUCGGAGACCGAAUGGAAAUGGAUCAUCAAACACACCGAAAGCCGAUGCGAUUUCAGAACUGUCGAGCUGGUCCGACCAAUCCGGUCCGUGGAAUCUUAGAUUUGAUCUGAGGCUUCCGCGAUGUCAUUCCUCCUCCAAAACUCCAGACGGAGAUAAGAGCCUAGAAAAGCAUCCAAAAGGGUUGAACUUCACUUGUCAACAUUCUAGAAGUCCGAUCGUAGUCAAACACUAUCUGAGACUUCGUAUGAGGGUCGAGCGCGGGGACGAUCUAGCAUUGGAUAAACGAGGUCGUCGUAAGAAAUAUGACAUUAUCCUAUCUAGCCCGAUACAAAUUCUGAGCUGCCAAUGUAAACCAUAUAGUUUACCAGCAUAUGCGUCGUCUGACCCCACAGACAUGACGGAAAUACUCAACAUCUUCAAGGAAAUUAAUGCCGCCAAGGAAAGCUCAACGCCUUCGCUUCAAUGUAAUUGCAUUGCAAGGGUUGAAUAG